CUUAAAGUUUUCAAAGUCUUCCCUUCUAUCCGAAUCUACUCGUGAAAUUUUCAAGAACCCUAUUUCUUUUCCUUAGAAAAAACACCAACCCGGGCACGUACCAAUUAUGACAAAAGUGGGAAAAAAGAUCUUGGGAUUUUCCUUGGCAAUCAAACAAAAUCCAAUCCAAUGAGAGGCAGAGAGAUUACAAGUGGUUGUACCAAAAGGGGGACUUAAAGAGGGAGAGAAUCUAGCCAGGGAGAUCACAAGCAAUAAAGAAAAGCACAGACCAUCUCCUCCCGCAACAAACAGUUGCUUCUCAACUACUUCAUGUAUCGAACCUACGGAACAACCGCACACACGAUCACCACCGCCACCGCCACCUUCUCUCUCUCUCUCUCUCUCUCUCUCUCUCAGUGACCAUAUAAAAAGGGGCCAGUCACAGCAAUAUCUAGACAUGGUUACAGUAAUGGUCCUGAUCAGCAAGAACCGCAAAUUCUAACAAACCCUCCUUGGAGUUUCGACCUCCUCUUCUUUUGUUUUGCGAUUUCUAACUCAUCUGUAAGACAAGUAUAUGGAGCUAACAUCAGAUGUUGAAGACACCCAACAGCAACAGCAGCUACAUGGAGGAGGAGAAGGAGGGCAGCAUUUCCAUGUGCUAGCGGUGGACGACAGCCACGUGGACAGGAAGCUCUUGGAGAGGCUCCUCAAGGACUCAUCCUACGAAGUUACAUGUGUGGAUUCUGGGGACAAGGCGCUCAAGUUUCUGGGCUUGCUUGAUGAUCCCAGCAAUUUACAUGCCCAGGAUGGGUUUGAUAAUUCCAGUGCUGUUGCUUCUGCUUCAUCUUCUCCGUUGCAGCCAUCACUUCAAGAGGGGACCAAAGUCAACUUGAUCAUGACAGACUACUGUAUGCCCGGGAUGAGCGGCUAUGAUUUGCUUAGACGAGUCAAGGUACUUCCUCAGGGAUCUUACUGGAAAGAUGUGCCGGUUGUGGUCAUGUCAUCGGAGAACGUGCCUUCAAGAAUCAACAUGUGCUUGGAAGGAGGAGCCGAUGAGUUCUUGUUGAAACCAGUCCGGCUAUCAGAUCUAGAGAAGCUUCAGCCAUACAUUUUGAAGUCUCUCAAUAACCCCUGUGAAGACAUCGAAGGUGACAGCAUAGAUGAUAGUGAAGACGAGAAGAUCAAGAAGAACAACCAGAAAGAGGACAACACCAAUAAGUGCAGCACCAGUACCAAUAAUGUUGCCAAGAGGAAGGCAAUGUCUGCCGAGCCAACCGAUAGAAGACCCAAAAUCAAAGGAUUGGCGGUGGUAUGAUAAGAAUUGUGAACUAAUCGGUCGAUCAACAGCGCGCCGCUGCGUCUUCGUCUGGACGUUUGCUAGUGGGAAACUCCACUUGCAUCACAUAUCUUUACUUGUUCAUUACAUAAGCUCCUUCCAUUGGUUACUAUGUUCAUGAAAGGGAAGGAAAGGAAAGGAAGGAAAAGUUCAAAGUCUCUGCAAUGGAAAGCCUAAUGUUUCUGGUCAGAAAGGGAUCAUCAUUUUGUUGUUUGGAUAAUUACCAAUUGGUAAUUAACCCCACUAUGCAGCUCUCUACUUGGGGACAAGGUUUUCCUAUGCCGUAGUGAACUGAAUUUGUCAUUUCUAUCUAA